CUCCAUACUCAGCAUUUUUCUCGGCUGUGGGUGUGAUGUCUCUGUGUAACGCUAAUCAGCUCUGGAGACGUCAGCAUUCUUUCAGUCCUCCUUCACCACCAGCGCCCCUCUCCUCUUCCUCCUCCUCUUCUUUUCUGUCUUCACCUUGCUAUCUUUUUUCUCCCUCCUGACUUUCUCAUCUUUUUUUUUUUUUUGCCUUCCAACCAUAUUCUACUCAUCUUCACCGCUUCUCAGCUCUUCUGCCAUCCCUGUCCUCACAUCCCGUCCUCCGUGUUUGUGUGUGUUGUCUCUCUGCUGUAACCGUAAGCAGCUCUGCUCUUGAGUCGUCAGCGUUCUUUCAGUUGCUCCAUAAAAAUACAGCCUGCCACAGCAAAAAAAAAAAAAAAAGCUCUGUUGUAGCAACAGUGGCUGUGGCAUUGACCACACCGCAGCGAUCACCUAACAAGCAUGAUGGGAAGGACACCUCUGGCCCUUUGUGUUUGUGUGUCCACCCAAGAUGAAUGGCGAUGCCUUUGCUCAGCAGAUGAUCCUCAACCUGGGUGACUUACAGAUGCCCCAAAAAGACACAGUUUAUUGCAGUUUUAUCCUCUGGUCUUAGUCAGUUUUUUGAAAUUUGUUGUUGUUGUCUAACCAUGAUGGAUUAGGACAUACAGGUUUUUGUUUUGUGUUGCUUCUGUAAAGGUGACACAAGGUAACGCAGACUCUGAUUUACCUGUUUGCAGAUAAAUUAUGCUUAUGUAUGCAGUCACCCUCAAAGAGCCAAUUAAUUAAUGCUGAGCGCUGCACCCAAAAUUUUUAUCACUGUUUUUUUUCUAGUGGUUUUGCAGUUUUACACACUUUUUUUCCCAGGUGUAAACAGAAUGUUAAAAAAAACAAACAAACAAAAAAAAAACAUUAAAAAAAGUAAAGUGAUGAAGUUCUGGGGGUUUAUACUUUGUCUUUUGACACUGCUUGUAAUUCCUCAGUGUUUGGUUACGGUUUAUAAAUCUGAUUACAUUCGGUGGUGUUGUGAUAGAGCAGAAUGAUUCAAGAAUAGACCUGGCACCUUUUUGGAAAUUAAUUGUCAUUUAUAAAGUGGAAAACUGAUUUAUAAAUGUCUAUGAGCCACAAAUUUAUAGCCAACACAGGAUCACCAGUUAACCUAACUGCUUUGAAUUGUGGGAGGAUGCCAGUACACUCCACACAGAAACACUCCGGCUGCCCUAAAGAUUCAAACAAGGAACCUUCUUACUGUGACUUGAUGGUGCUAACCACUGCACCACCAUGCCAACCUUUUAUGUUGCGUAUAUAAACAUCUAAAGUGCCUUUUAAAGUGCUUUUAAUUACGACGUUAAAUGUGGUAUCAAACCUCUGCAGUAUGCGAGUACGACAUUGUUUAAAACGCUUGUGUACUCGCAGUCAACCAUUUUGCAUGUGUGUUUUAUUGUGCCCCGCUGGCAUAGCAGAUGGGUUGUGUGUGUGUGUGUGUGUGUGUGUGUGUGUGUGUGUGUGUUUGGCAGCAUGCUUUUUGUUUCUAUGUAGAUGGAGGAUGGGGGGGUUUGGGCACAAGGGAAAUAAACCAGUGCCUGUCAGGGAAACAGCCCCCUUUAUGCCCCCUCUGUUUGCAUCAACCCAACCCCCAGCAGCUAACCUCAGUCUUCAUGUCUUUGAUUCAUCUUUUGUGCGAGCGUGCACCUCAGCUGUGGGAGGCUGCAUCCUAAAAAAACAGAAGAGUGCAGCGGCACAUUCAGCUCUCAAGAAGAAGCUCUUUAAUAAAAGAUUGUAUUUAACUGACUGAUCGUAACUCAUUAAGAAGAACCUUAAGUGCUGAAGUCAAAUGCUUUAAAUGAAGCUGUGCCAUUUCUCCAUCGGAUUAAGCCUCGCAUGUUAUUGCGCGUUUUUUGUUGUUGUUGUUUUUCACUCUUCACCACUUCCUUGAGUUUUAAACUGAUUUUUUUUAAACUUGCUGUGCAUUUGACAUGUUUUUUUUGUGUGUGUGUGCAUGCAUAAUUAUUUGUAUGUUUUUCUUUGAUCUGCAGCUAUUUAUAUCUGUAGGAUUUGUGGCAGUGCAUGCACAAACACUGAAGCCCCCUCACAAACAGACAGGCAGGCAGUGAUGCGUUGUGAGGGAGGCUCACUAACACAUUUGGUGUCUUUUGAUAGAAAAAAUGAAAAGAGUCGUGUUGCCCGGUAUCAUUUAAAUGUCAUCACACCUAAGAAAGGUGUGAUAACGCCUUCGUAGAAAUUAGUCCAGUGAGAAAAGUUUCCACCUGACCCCCUCAGAAUAGCUUUAUUAUAAUGAAAUGAUGCAAACCACCAUACUGUGAAACUGUUUGAGUUACAGGCCCUCAGAGUGCAUAGGGGUGGAUCUAAAGCUGUUUUGUUUUCCAGCAUAUUUGAGCCCUCAUAACUAAGACUACAUGAAAUAACCACAUAAGACAGGACUGAAAAACACAUUUAAACGUUGUUGAAAACUGCAACCAAAUCCAUUUUAUAACCACUCCAAAUGAUUCUAGUCUAAAUGAAAACAUUUUUUUCUAUAACUUUAAGCAUCAAUAGCAGGGGAUAUAUCAUAGACCCUGGAUCUUUGAUCUGUUUUCUGAUAAUUCACUGGAGAAAACUUCAAAAAGUACAUUUUAGGGUAAACUUUCAACUUAUAACACCAUAUGAUGGGAUAGGUGGCUGGUCAAAAUAUGAAAGGUCUCCUUUGUUACAAGGCUAAUCUUUUAUCUUGGAUUCUUUCUGAGUCAUCCAGGGUACCAGUUCUUGUUUCUGUUAUUCUACGCUGUCUUCUUCUUUUGGCUGCUCUCCUACAUCAUAGACCUAAAAUUCCAACUUCUACAACAACGACUUCUGAGGUAAAUGAAAGGCAGCAUUCAUCUGUGAUAUAUCCCGUGACAAUAAUGCUCAACGUUAAUAAAGAAACCUUUCUGGACUGUGACACUUUGAGGGGGUUUUUUUUUUUGGUUUUUCUUUUUUGUGCGUGUGUGUGCGUGUGUGAUUUGGGGGCUUUAAGACUGAUGUAAAUUUUUACAUUGUCCAUUGCUUUGUAAGGUCCCCUUGUGAGGCUUUAAUCUGAGAAUUAUUGCCAUUGCUGUCUCUGUUUUUAAAAUGGAUAUGAUGACUUCGGGCUUGAUUUGACUCUGAAUCUGAGGGAUGCUGCGUGCUCAUUGGCUAAUGACUCGUGAUUGACAACCAUAUCUUGUAUUGUCCUCCCCUUAAAGGGAAGAAGGGAAGAACAAAAAGUCAAGAGAGGAGAGCAGAAAUUUGUGUUGCAGGAGAGAAGGGAGGGAGUGAGAUCCGGAAUCUGCUGCGUCAUCAUGACUGGUCUCAUGAUGAUCGCUCAGCACCAACUACAAUAGCCGCCCUUUAUAAACACACACAAACACACAGGUCACCAAACAAAGAUUCUCAUUGAGAGCUUGCGGAGAUGCUCAUCAUGGAGCCGUGCGCUCUAAGGGCUGAUCUCAUCCUUUGCGUUUCCACGCUCGGUCUUUGUUGACUUCUGAUUCACACAUUUGUAUCUCCAUUCUUUUUUGUCUCGUUUCCACUUUGGUGCAAAGGCAUCAAUGAUUUCAUUUUUAUCCCCAGUAGGUGUAGGUCUAUAUCUGUUUUCUGCUCAUCUUUGGUACGGAGAAUGUGUGUGUGCGAGCGUGCGUGUGUGUGUGUGCGUGUGCGUGUGUGUUUGUGUGGCCGUUCUAACAGUUGGUUUUCCCCUGGAGUCCUUCCCACAGUUUUUACCACUUCCUCUUCACUCACACUCAUUUCAUUCCUAUUGGCAGAAAGCCAGCCAAUAAGAGCGCAACAACACAAAGGUAGUGGGCAAUGUCAGUGUAACCACAAGGAAACAGGAAGUCAGGAAAAUUCUAAGAAAAGUUUCUGUCACUUUCACUCAUACAACCUCACCCCGAUACAACAGUGGAACAUGCUCCCACAACAUAGUAGAUAUAGAUUUACCAUGUCUCCACUCCUCUUGGUUCAUUCAGAAGAGCAAGGCUCUUGUGGCAUGACGACGACUAACAAAGGAAAUAAAGCCUUGAAGGUGAAGCGUGAGCCGGGCGAGAAUGGCACCAGCCUCACAGACGAGGAGCUGGUGACCAUGUCGGUGCGGGAGCUGAACCAGCACCUCCGAGGGCUCACCAAAGAAGAGAUCCUGCAACUGAAACAGCGGCGGCGCACCCUGAAGAAUCGUGGCUACGCCGCCAGCUGCCGGGUGAAGCGUGUCACCCAGAAGGAGGAGUUGGAGAAGCAGAAGGCUCAGCUGCAGCAGGAGGUGGACAAACUGGCCAAUGAGAAUGCUUCGAUGCGCGUUGAGCUGGACGCUCUGAGGUCUAAGUACGAGGCGUUACAGACCUUCGCCAGGACUGUGGCACGAAGCCCCACUGUCGGGGUCGGGGUCAGGGCUGGAGGGGGAGGGGGAGGGGUGGCGUCAUCGGUCAUCGGUCCACUCAUCCCAGGGAAGGUGGCGACGGCGACGAGCGUGAUUACAAUAGUGAAGUCAAAAACAGACGCACGGUCUUGAGGGAAGGGAAGGGAGAUGAAGGUGCAUCAGGAUGGAGCUUAGCUGCAUCUGAGUCAAUCUUCCCCUCUGCCGGACUCCUCCUCCAUCUGCACUGACAGACAAACAGCCGGGCGGCCUCGCUUGCAUCGCCACGGCACGCUCCUGUCACGUUAUCACUUCUAAUCAGUGCAGAUGAAGGAAAGGAUGGAAGCGGAGGAGAACUCUUGUACCAAUGCAGGACACGUACACAGGGUUCCUAUGGGCACUGAAGACCCGGAAAUCCCAAAUAAUAUGAAAACUGUCUUAUUCCUGAUCAAGAAAAUAAUCUGACAUUUGUAAAUACUCAAAAUGAGAAAAUUCCAACAGUUUUUAUUUGGUUUUCGGUGCUCAGUGCUGGUGAAUCUCUUUUUAAGUACAUAAUAACCAUGUCACGAAUUUGCACACAGAUUUGAAGAGGUGCCUGAUCGAAAUAAAAUGUAUAAAAUUGAAAUUUGGUACAUCAUCAAACAAUCCUAAACACAUAUGAGAAUCAGAGCAUUUAUUCUUGAUUAGUUCUAUGGAAAUCAUUGAAUUUAAUGUGACCUGCUGAUUUGAGUGGCUGCAGAGAGGCCCCAUCUUGUUCCACCUAGCCAAGAACUUUUUUCAGAAAAGUACUAUAGAAGAUAUAUAUAUUAUACAAUGGUGGUAACUGUAUUUCUACUGUUUUGUACUGUGUUGUCAUUCACAUGAGGUCCAAGGUGUAUUCUCUGUGUGUGAAUUGUUAUAUAUCAGGAAUUCUGUGAAAUUCUGUGGCGCGUGUUCGUUUUGGUAUUGCUAUAUUUGGGUAGCUGUAUUUUUUAAUUUGUUUUUCUUAUGGUCUUUUUACUUUCAAGUCAGACUCUCGCGUUCUCUUACUCUUUUCUCUGUCCUUCGAUUUUUCAACUCCAACUGGCUUCCAUUAUUACAUGCAGUACUUCCUGAAUUUUAUGAAAGGAGGAGGGGAAAAGGAGGCAAUUAAUAUUUACCAAAACAUAUUAUAGGAAAAGGAGAUGACGUUAUUUAAUUCGCUGACCUUAUUUUAGUGUGGGAAUUUUCAGGGAAAUGGUCAUAUGAAGAUAAAAGCCUCUUUGAGUUUUGCUUCAAAGUUGAUUAUUCAAGACAUUUGGAAGGGCAAGUGCCUUUUUCUCCUAGUGAUGUGCAUAGAGAAGAAGUCAAAAGGAUAACUGAUGAACAAAUAAUAUGAUAACUUGUGGAAGGAUGGUGGAGAUUCAGUGUAGAUGUGUUGCGUAUGCUUGUGCUUUAUAGCAUAAACUGACCAAUCAGGAGUCAGCUAGUGACAGCAUUGAACUCUUCCCGUACACUGUUAUUUAAGCUGUGUAAUAGCACGUAAGGACGAUGAUGAUUAUUAACAGUUAUGUACCAUGGCAAGUCAUUUGUUUAAAGUGGACCUAUUCUGCUCGUUUGCAUCUCUAUAUUUUUAUUCUUGGACUCUAGAGAAGCUUUGCAUAAGUCUCGGUGCAAAAUGAUCCCUAUUUAUUCAACACUAGUCCUUGAUGCAGCCCUUCAGGUCAUUUUUGUGUCUGACAUGAGCUGCUUUAGCUCUUCACCCUUUUAAGGCAACCUUCUGGUAAGCAGAAGGAUUGACAAUGAGUUGAGAACAUUCAAAACAUGGUUUCAUAGAGUGGCUUUGCAUGAUUCAGAGUUGAAAUAAUGCUUGUUUAUCUGAUACUGGUCCUUUAUGCAGCCCCUAAGUUCAGUUAUAGCUCCAUUCCCUUUUCAUUUAGGCUGUAUUCUGAUUGGCUGCUAAUCCUAAAUAGAAGAUCUUUGUCUGUACUCACAGUCCAAACUAUGUCCCUGAAAUUACCAGGGGAAUCUGCUGUCACUGACAUCAUACUGGCCAGAAGUAGAAAAACAGUCUAAAGCUGAGCCUUCUCGUCUGUGCGUUUCACUCACAGGUUUUUUUUUCUUUCUAUUUGUUAUUUGUCCAUGAUAAUGUAUACAUAUGUAGAAAGAAAGGAAAAGCACAAUAGGUCCUCUUUAAGUGAAAAGAAAAAGGAAGAUUAGCAACAAAAAAAAAGAGCCUGAAUUUUAUUCUUUUUUUUUUUUUUUCUUUUUUUUGGUCUUGUUUUGGGGGGUUUUGCAUAAAAUACAUUUGUCUGUUAUAAACAAAGUCUGCUGUAGGUUACAACACCUGCAGGAAAACCUUUGCCUCAAAACUUACAACUGCAAACUGCAACUGUGAUUUCUGACAGUGCAGUCAGCGGGCAUGGGUGACAAACAUUUCUCUGAAUUUCACAUAUUUCACGCGGGCUUUACCAUAAAAAGUAGUCUUACGUGGUGUUCUAUACUUAAAGAAUCUUUGUCUAUGUAUGGUGGAGUCUGGAUUUUUAUAAAGACAAUUAUCUUUGCAUCGUUUGUAAUGACAUGUAUAAAAAAACAAAACAAAAAAAAGGUAUAACAAAAUCUGUUUGAUAUACAGUAUCUCUCUAUUUUGCAAUUGUACCAAAAGUGGCUUAACUACUGAAUAGCUUUGUUUUUUCUCUAGCUACUAGGCACGUGUGUGUAGCCGUGAACUAGUGUGUGGUGUGCUGUGUAGGUAUGUGACGAGGUAAUAUAACGUUCCCUAUUUCAUGGAUAUGACUUUGAUACGUGUUUGAUUUCAGGCUGAAGCGGGUGAUGACACAGUGAGUAACUGCACUCUUUCUCAAAUCGUAAAGUCUUUGUCCUCCCCGGCCCUCAUCGUUCAGCUCCAGCCCUGCAGACGUGUUAGAUCAUUUGCUAAACUGCACUUUGGCAGAGUUCACGUUGGCGACGUAUUUCUGAGCAGGCCUCCGUGUCUUUAUUUUUGGUCUGUGCAGCCUGUUGCAGAUAAAGUGACCAACAAGAUGAGGAAGUUUUAUGGUUAACCUCACACACUGCGUUGUGUUGUGUAUUCAGGUCAUCAGGCAAAGUAGCAAAUAUGUGAAACUCUGCUGAAGGCCUUUGUGGCUGCAUCACAACCACUCCUUCAAUAACUUAUUUUUUAUAGUGUGUGAUUAAAAAAAUAUUUUGUUUUUGUUUUUUUUUGCUUCUGUAUUUUACACGGUUAUGUGUAUUUAACAUCGUUCCAGUUGUAUUUGUUUUUUUUUGUUUUUGUGUUUAACUGUUCUUGAAGUGUCAGGGAAGUGAAAUAACAAUUGUUAUAUGGUGUUUUAUGAAGUGAAAAAAAAACUAUUCUGCUAUUUAAUGGUUUGUCUGUCAAAGAGUGAGGUUUACCUUUGAGUACAAUUGCCUCAAAUAUUUUUUAACCUGAUUUUAAAGCUGAAAGAGAAGCAAUUUACACAGAUGAAAACAUUACAUACAUGCAGCCUUUUACCUGAACCGCUACUUCUCCACUGUGA